GGGCGGCUGCCAGCAAAGCCUGGCGAGCGGAUCGCGACGCUGCCCAUAAGAUGGCUGUUGUGCACGGGGCGCCGCUCCUGUAGCGCCGCGAGGAACCGCCCGUCGCGCCCCACAGCCUCGCCCGCCAUGGAGUGCCCGCAUCUCGGCUCCAGCGUCUGCAUCGCGCCCGACUCGGCCAAGUUCCCGCAGGGCUCGCCCUCCUCCUGGUGCUGCAGCGUGUGCCGGUCAAAUAAAAGCCCGUGGGUCUGUCUGACAUGUUCCAGUGUCCACUGUGGAAGGUAUGUGAAUGGCCAUGCAAAAAAGCAUUAUGAAGAUGCGCAGAUUCCUAUGACCCAUCAUAAGAAAACAGAAAAACAAGAGAAAGUUCAACAUACUGUGUGUAUGGAUUGCAGUAGUUACAGUACAUACUGUUAUCGCUGUGAUGAUUUUGUCGUCAAUGAUACCAAGCUGGGCCUGGUACAGAAGGUCAGAGAGCACCUACAGAACUUGGAAAAUUCAGCCUUUACAUCAGAUAGACAUAGGAAAAGAAAACUCUUGGAAAACUCAUCUCUGAACAGCAAGUUAUUAAAAGUAAAUGGAAGCACCACUGCCCUUUGUGCCACAGGCCUUCGGAACCUGGGGAAUACGUGUUUCAUGAAUGCAAUCCUUCAGUCGCUCAGUAACAUUCAGCAGUUUUGCUGUUACUUCAAAGAGUUGCCUGCUGUGGAGCUGAGGAAUGGGAAGACGGCAGGCAGACGAACUUACCACACCAGGAGCCAGGGGGAUAACAAUGUUUCAUUGGUGGAAGAAUUCAGAAAGACACUCUGUGCUUUAUGGCAAGGAAGUCAAACUGCAUUUAGUCCAGAAUCUUUAUUCUACGUUGUUUGGAAAAUAAUGCCAAAUUUUAGAGGAUACCAGCAACAGGAUGCCCAUGAGUUUAUGCGUUACCUUUUGGACCAUCUACACCUGGAACUUCAGGGUGGCUUCAAUGGUGUCUCACGUUCAGUAAUUCUGCAAGAGAACUCCAGCCUGGCUGCGAGCAACAAAUGUUGCAUAAAUGGAGCAUCUACUGUUGUCACAGCAAUUUUUGGAGGCAUUCUUCAAAAUGAAGUCAACUGCCUAAUCUGUGGGACUGAAUCUAGAAAGUUUGAUCCAUUCCUAGACCUUUCGCUAGAUAUUCCAAGUCAGUUCAGAAAUAAACGUACUAAAAAUCAAGAAGGUGGACCAAUGUGCACACUACGAGAUUGUCUUCGCAGUUUUACAGACCUGGAAGAACUUGAUGAGACAGAGCUGUACAUGUGUCACAAAUGCAAAAAGAAACAGAAGUCCACCAAAAAAUUCUGGAUUCAGAAACUACCAAAGGUGCUAUGCUUACACUUGAAACGAUUUCACUGGACAGCAUAUCUGAGAAACAAGGUUGAUACAUAUGUUGAGUUUCCCUUACGAGGCCUAGACAUGAAAUGCUACUUGUUAGAGCCUGAAAACAGUGGUCCAGAAAGCUGCCUGUAUGACCUUGUGGCUGUUGUUGUGCAUCAUGGUUCAGGCGUUGGCUCUGGACACUACACUGCGUACGCAGCCCACGAAGGCCGUUGGUUCCAUUUCAACGACAGUACUGUAACCUUGACUGACGAGGAGACUGUGGUAAAAGCCAAGGCCUACAUCCUCUUCUAUGUGGAACGGCAAGCCAAAUCUGGAUCAGAUAAACUUUAAUACCUCCUUUUAAUUCUUACUUAUCAAGUCCACAGGACAAAACAUUUCCAUUUUUCCAUAAAUACUUGAUCCAAGACUAUUAAUUUCAUUGUGCACUUUCCAAUUUCCUCUCAUGGGUUUUAGUUUUGUUGUGUCAAUGGUAGCAUUCGACUUACUGAACUUGGACACAGACUAACUUUUUUUGUAGUUAUACCAGAAAACCUCAGCAGAUUUUGAUUUGCUGCUUUAGUUGCGAUAACUCAGUUUUUAUAUCUAUAGUUUCAUGAAAUAGUUAUUUGACUUUUUUAUAUCAAUGUUUUCAGCCCUCACUUCCUAAAGGCACAUUUACAUCAGAGAAGCUUUCUGUCCUCCUUGCAAGCAAGAUCAAUGUGCUUCUGAUUACGGAGAGUAAUACAACUUCAUGCUGUUCUUACAGCUGUUAUGUAGAUAUGAUUUAAUCUCUUUAAAUCAAAGAAUUGUUUGCACGAAUUAUCUUCCCUCGUGCAGGAAACUAAAUAGUGACCUCUGAACAAUCUCUUGUCUGCUGAAGAGAGGAGAUGUGGCAUAGGAGAUAGACCAGGUAAUUGCUGCUAUAUUGGUGUGUGUUCAGGCUGCCGACUUUCAGGAAUCGUUGCAAAUAAACAGUUGGUUCAAUUGUAUCAAUACUGCAGUUUAAUUCAAGUAUUCCUCACAUAUGCUCUGCCCUCCCCGCUUUCAAAUUCUAAAAAAUUAUCUUAAAACCAUACAUACAUGUCUAAAUUGUGUUGAAUUACGUUGUUUUUACCAAACCUGAAUGCCUUUGCUAUCUCUUGGUUUAGACUGUCACCCUGAAAUUUGAUUGUGAAAACUUACUUGCUUAUAAACUGGCAGUACAGCCCUUGCAUUUGGGCUUUGUGAGAACAGUCUUAGGUCUAAAUGUAUAGCUCCUGUUUACAAAAUGCCUGCAGUUCACUUAAAACUGAAAGGAAGCCGAUGGUGUUGUAGAUGCUCUGUAUGACAAUUGUUUUGUCAGUUCAAAUGCAAACUAGGGAGGAUGCUCAGUGUCACAGCCUGGCUGUAGCCUGCCCAAUGGAAGAUGGUGAGACAAGACUGCUUAUUUACUACAGCUGUAGUGGUUACACACUUGGCCCAGUACGGGAUCUUUAUUUAGUCUCUAGCUCAACACUGGAACUGUGACACAGUCGCUAAAACCUGGCUAUGUAUGUUCCUUGCCCCGGGUUACCUGAUAGCUAUACACUGACCUGUACAAAGAGAAAUCACCAUCAGGUGUUUUAUUAAAAUGCCAUUCCUCUAUAGCUUUGUCAUAGCAUCUUAAACCAGGAAAGAGAGAAAUUGGCUUGAUAUAAAACUGCAGACAGCAUUCAGCAUUGCUAAUGGUGUAUGAAGAUGUAAGCUGUACCCUAGUUAAAACCUACAGUGGUUAUUAUUUGAUACAUCGUGGCGUAUGUAAGGUUGUCUUCUUUUACUUAAGCUGAACAAUAAAUAGAACUAUUUGCUGCUUUCAGUUGCAGGUAGUUUGUCACCUGUUUUCCACUCCUUGCAGCCAGAGCCUUUCAUCUCACUGGAAUAGGUAGCUGUCAUACAGGCAGAAUUUGACAGAUCUCACUGGUGUGUUGGAUAAGCCAAGUAUCCUACCCAUACCAUUACCCUGGAGGGCCUUACUGCUCACAGUUAGCUGGGGAAUUAAUUAAGUAGGUUCCAUCUAUAGCUGUGUUUGUCUGUGUGCUACUUGGACUUGUUUCCUUUAGAAGUUUAGUUUUGAGAAUACAAAGCUUAAACCACACAACUAGCUCUGGGGCAGCAGCAGUUUAGCGUACAGGCAGCGUUCUCACAAACUAGUGAUGUAAAUGUGCCUUUCUGUACUUUUAGAAAGUUAAAUUUGUAAUCUUCAGCAACAUUCACUUAUUUUAAGGAGCUUCUACUUCUCCAGUUCUUUUUUUGGGUCAGAUUAUGUUCUCGCUUCCAUGUUUCCUUUCAGUACCAUUUGCUCUGUAGCAUCAAGGUCUUGGGCAGUGCUCUGCCCACCAUGGUCCCUUUGGGAACACAGCAUGAUCCUGUCAAGGCUUGUUCUGCAGCAGGUGGUGGUGAGAACUCAGCCAUAUCCUUUGCUGGAACAAGCACACUGUAAAUCCUUUCAAAAUGUAACUUUCUCCCAUCACAAACCCAGAUGGACAAUAUGAACAGUUUGUUGUGGCAACACAAGUAUUUCUCUUCCUGGUGGAGAACUUUGCUUAUCCACUGUAUUCUAUUCAGUGUGGUGUCAGAAAACAAAAAAAAGCAAAAAAAAAAAAAAGGCGACUGAGCACUGAACCGGUAACAUGUCCUACACCUGGCCUCCUGUCACGUUUUUAACCUUACUUGUAUAUCCUGUAUUUAUCUACUAGCUUGGGGAAGGGGGAUACCUCGUUUCAUUUAAGCCAAAUGUUUCUUUUCUACUUACUGCUGAUCAUAGUAUACACUAACCGGCAAGGAGUUAUUUUUCUUGCCUGUGACGCCCUGCAAGCCACAACUGCUCUCUGCAGUUCAAAGGCUUGCAUAUUUCUCACCAAAAUCUGUCUGAUCAAAGCUUGUCCUCAUUAGUAAUAGUUUAGCCACGUAUACAACUGGAGACAAAAGUUAUGUAAAACAAACCUGCAAAAUGUCCAGCUCAUGAAAUGCUUCUGCUUUAGCGUGAUGUAGAGCGAGCUGUUGAAUGCAGCAUUGUACAAAGCUCUUAAGGCACUUGCAAGCAGAGCUCCUUCUCACUGUACAGUCAGAAGGGCUUUCCAGGUGGGAACAGAGGUCAGCCUGAGGAGAGGUAGUUUAAAACUUCCAGACAGGCAAGGACAGUGGAUGUGAAAGUGGUCUCCUGCCUUUCAUACAAGGGUUUUACUAAAUGGAAAGCAUAACACGUGGUGGUCAAAGGUUUCCCCAGCAAUGUUUCAGUACUGAUGUGUCUGUGUCUUACUGAUGAGGGAAUCGGCACCUUGAAAAGUGAUUCCAAUGUGCUUUAGGAUAUCCUCAAGUACUGUAGUGCCAUAGUUGUAAUUGUUUACCAUUAAAAUCUAGUGUGUAAUUUUCAGUGAGGAUUACUGACUGUGCUCAUCUUGUGUGUUUCUGGAGCAUUUCCAGGUCGAAUGUGAAUUAUAUCUCAUUCACACAGUGUGUUUAUGGAAAAUGUGCCAUUAAAGUGUCUCCUUUCCUUAGACAAUGAAACUCCUCUUGUCCUUCUGCAGGCUUGUAGAAUAUCAUUAGUGUAAAUCCUCUGAAACACAGGGGCUGGAGUUAUUUUACCUUGUUCUUGCAAAAUAAAGCAAAUUGAAGCAUU